AGUGUGAGUGAGUGAGUGCGUAGCUAGGAGCAAAAAUUUGUUUCCCGCCAAUCCCCAAACCCAAAAAAUCGAAUCCCUAAUUUGCUUAGUUAAACCCUCAAAUCAAAUCAAAUCAAAUCAAAUGCAAAGAAGAAGAUAGAAUCGAAGAAAUGUCGUCAUGGCAGAUCCUCCCCGACGCCGAUAACAAUUACCGGUGGCAAAUCAACUCCGACGACACUUCAAAUGUUAUCCCACCUUCACCCCCUCCUUUUUCUAUUCCCACCCCUCCCCUUCCUUCCAUGUACGAUCUUCUCAUUCAUGCCUCCGCCUCACACCUUUUUCAACCUCAAGAGGAAGAAAAUGCAAUAGAUGAUAGUUUUGGCUUCGCGAAUUCGCUUUUCAAGACAGGUUCUGGAAGAAAAGUUACUAUUUCUUCUAAAGGUCUUGUUAGAGCAAAGACAUUAUUAGGAUUGGGAUUGCAUGAAGAAACUGUUGGUGCUAAUAUUCAAACACCUCAGAAUGCUAAGAAAUUUAACUCUUUUCAUCAAGACGAACCUCGUUUACAGGUAAUAGAUAGCUGUAAAAAGACGAGUGCUGCGUCAUUUCAAAGUCCUUUAGUUAGUAGAUUGAAAAAUGGUUUUGAGAAUAAAAUUGUGCAACCAGAUACUGGUAGUCGUAGUGGUGUUGGUGCUAAGCAAGCUCCGAUAAAAUUCCAAACUGGUGUUAGUAAUAUUCAAGCCCCUCAGACUCAGAAUGCUAGUUUUUUUGAUGCUUUUGAUGAAGAAUUGCCUGAUUUGCAGCUUAUGGAUAGUUGUAAAAAGAUGAGUGCUGCGUCGUUUCAAAGUCCUUUAGUUGGUAGGUUGCACAUGGGUUCUGAGAAUAAAGUUGCGCAACUUGAUAGUGGUAGUGUUAGUGGUGGUAAGGAUGCACCACUCACGAAUUCGCUUUUCAAGACAGGUUCUGGAAGAAAAGUUACUAUUUCUUCUAAAGGUCUUGUUAGAGCAAAGACAUUAUUAGGAUUGGGAUUGCAUGAAGAAACUGUUGGUGCUAAUAUUCAAACCCCUCAGAAUGCUGAAAAAUUGCAUGCUUUUGAUGAAGAAUUGCCUCAUGUACAGCUUAUGGAUAGUUGUAAAAUGAUGAGUUCCGCUUCGUUUCAAAGUCCUUUAGUUGGUAGGUUGAAGAAUGGUUUUGAGAGUAAAUUUGUGCAACCAGAUAGUGGCGGUGGUGCUAAGCAAGCUCCAAUUAAAUUCCAAACUGCCAGUGGGAGGUCGUUAUCUAUUUCUGGUGAUGCGUUGAAACGCGCUAGGCGCCUUCUUGGUGAUCCUGAUUUGGGAGAUUUCUUUGAUGGUGGAGAUUCACUUUUCUCGUUUCUGGAUCAGGGACAAACCAGCACAAUCACUUCCUCCGCUGAAAGAAGUGAGAGUAAAAAUACUCAUACUCCUUUGGUGCAUCAAAUGACACCAGAGAAUCAUCCCAAUCACAUGUCAAAAAGUUUCACAUACCCUUUGCAGCCUUCAAAACAAAUGGAAUUUUCAAAUAAGCUUCGCAACGAAGGUAAUGGGAAUAACUUAAUCGUGAAGUUCGAUGAUGUUGUGAAUGAAAGUGACUGUGGCUGUAAAAGUAGCAUAACUCCUGGACAGAAACCUUUGUAUAACAAGAAUGAAGUGGCUGACACGACAAUAAAAAGCUCUUCAUUGAAUGGUUUUUCGUCAAGAAUGGAUUCACGUGAAAAACCAUUGGGCAGGGCAUUGGUGGAUAUUUCCAAUACCAUUAAGACAGUUCAUACAAAUCAUAAGCAGCCUGCUAGUGGGAAAAGGAGAAUAGGAUUACAUGCAACUGUUUCUUCCUUUAAAAAGCCUCGAAUUUCCAAUAUCUCUGCCUCUGGUGGCCAAGAUGUUCAAUAUUUUUCUAAUGAUUUGGCUCAAUUAUCCUCUGGUGCUUCUGGAUUCAAAAGAAAAGUUUCUACCCGAUAUCCAUUUCACCAUCCAAGGAUGUACAUCAAGGAUUAUUUUGCUGUUCCUCCAUUAGAGCAAAAAGUGGUCAGUGUAAUCAGUAAUUUUCCGAACCCAGCCAGACAGGUGACAUCAUGUAAUGCAGGAGCGUACAUAUUCCAUGACGGCUCUGAUAGUAAUGAUAUGGGAGCAGAAGCUUUCAUCCAUCUAUUGACACAGCACGGAGCGUCCCUGCGUUUUGCCUCCAAAGAGUGGGUCUUGAAUCAUUACAAAUGGAUUGUAUGGAAACUGGCAUGCUAUGAGAGAUGCUAUCCAGCUAGGUGUGCUGGAAAAUUUCUGACUGUAUCAAAUGUGCUUGAGGAACUGAAGUACAGAUAUGAAAGAGAAGUGAAUCAUGGCCACCGGUCUACCAUCAAGAAAAUUCUUGAGGGGGAUGGAUUGCCUUCUUCAAUGAUGACUCUCUGUAUAUCUAGCAUUCACUCUGAUCAUGUGCUUGACAGUGGGGCAUUAUCUGAGCCACAAACCGGGAAUCAGAGCAAUGAGGCAUUAAAAGUUGAAUUAACUGAUGGAUGGUAUUCUAUUAAUGCCAUUUUAGAUGUUCCAUUGUCAAAGCAACUGGCUGCUGGAAGAUUGUUUGUAGGACAGAAGCUUCGGAUCUGGGGAGCAGGUUUAUGCGGCUGGAAUGGGCCAGUUUCACCCCUUGAGGUGUCAUCAACAGUUAGUUUACUUCUUCACAUAAAUGGAACAUAUAGAGCUCAUUGGGCAGAUCGGUUAGGACUUUGUAAAGUUGCUGGUCCACCUUUGGCUUUCAAAUGCAUAAAAAGAAAUGGCGGUUUAGUACCUCAAACUUUGGCAGGAAUUACCCGAAUAUAUCCCAUUCUUUACAAAGAAAGGUUAAGCAGUGGACGAUCUGUUGUCAUAUCAGAGAGGAUGGAGAAUAAAAUGAUGGAGCUGCACAAUCAAAGACGCUCGGCUGUUGUAGAUAAUAUCGUUUCGGAGUAUCAGAAGGAAAUGACUGGUUCACAUAUUUACGAUUACGGCAAUAGCGAAGGGGCUAAGAUAUAUAAGAUGCUGGAGACAGCUGCAGAACCCGAAUUCUUAAUGGCAGAUAUGACUCCGGAGCAACUUAGUUCUUUUGCUGCUUAUAAGGCAAAAUUAAAUGCAAAUAGACAGUCACAAAUGGAAAGUUCAAUUGAGAAAGCUUUGAAAGAUUCUGGCUUGGGAGACAGAGAAGUAACGCCAUUUAUGAGGUUGCGAGUAGUUGGAUUAACUUAUAAAAAUCAACGAGAUAAGCCUACAGAGGGCAUAGUAACAAUCUGGAACCCAACACAGAAGCAGCGUCAGGAGCUGUCAGAGGGAGAAGCAUAUGCAAUUGCAGAACUCAUACCAUCUGGCUCUGAUUCGGAUGUCCUUCACUUGCAGACUAGAGGAUCUACUACCAAGUGGUUGCCAUUAUCUUCUAAUGCAAAGGAACAGUUUAAGCCAUUUUCCAAUAAUCGGAAUUCAAUCCCAUUGUCAAGUCUGAGUGACAUCCCACUUUCCAACGAGUUCGAUGUUGUCGCAUUUGUUGUGCAUGUGGGAAAGGUUUAUACGUCAAGUCAGCAAAAGAAGCAAUGGGUUUUUGUGACUGAUGGAUCCAUCAUGAAUGGUUUACAGUCACAAAAGGUUACCGACACAUUGCUUGCCAUUUGCUUUUGCUCCCCAUUGUUUGAUCAUGAUUCAUUUCCACCGAUCAACCAUAACCUUGCCGGAUCUACGGUUGGUUUCUGUAAUCUUAUAAAAAAGGAGAAGGACCAUACAAACCAUAUAUGGGUUGCUGAUGCUAAUGAAAUUUCAACCUAUUAUUUGAAGUUUGAUUCCCCACAGUGUUCUCACCUCAGAAAUGCUGCCAGCUCCGUCAGAAGAUGGGCUAGCAAUUCGAGCUUGAUAAUAGAGAAACUCAAGGAAAAGGUGUUGGGUAUAGUUGGUGAUUGUAAAGCCUAGAUGGAGAAAAGAGGAGGAACUAUCUAAAGAUACGUGCAUGUUGCUCUACUGUCUACAUAAUAUUAAACAUUUUCUGAAAUCCAUGACAACAUUCACGUAGUUAAAAGUUAACAGGUCUUAAGGUCUUUUUAGUAUGUUCCUUUUGAAGAAUUAAAAUAAUUUUUAGAUAGUGUAAAUGUAAAUUUUAUCGAAAGGACAUUUUAUUCUCUAUACACUUUUUUGUUUGAGAA